GAGGGCAAAGUGUAAAUGUUCACAUCCGCUGGAGCAUAUGCCAUAGGAGCGACAGGGAGACACGCGAUCACAGUUUACAAAGCCUCCUCCAUAUAAAAGAGUUUCCAUGAGUGUCCGGCCCGCCCUCCACCUUCUACCGCUGGAGCUGAGGAUAGCUUCCAUUGGGAAGGAUGACCUCCCGUCUUUCACUUACCCUCUCCUCCAAAUGACCCUUGGGCUCCUGGGACAGCAGUCUUCAUGCAGACAGAAUCAUUUCUUUAGUUUCACUGAGACUAAAAAUGACUAUUCUCUCAUUUUAGAUAAUGAACUAUUUAAAGAACUCAUCCAGUUCCCAGGCUCCGAAGCCUUACAAGUAGCUCCAGAGAGUUGGAGACCGCUCACUAUUGAGGUGGGAGCUUUUGGGUCUCUGACGGGAAUAUCAAAACUAGUGGCGAGCGUCAUAGGACCACUGGCAGAUGAGGGGGUUUCUGUAUUUUGUCUCUCAACGAAUCAAGAGGAUUACGUUAUGGUAAAAGAGAAAGAUCUAUACAAGGCUAUGACAUGUCUUCAUCCAUGUUUCAAGCUGUUAGCAGAAUUAGAACAAGACGUACAACUAAUUGAAAACUUCUCUCACGAUAACGUUCCCAACCAAAUAAAAAAUGAUCUCAAUUAUAUUGAAUUACCCUCCCCUCGGUCCAUCACUCAUCCUUUCACGUGUACAGCGUCAAAGUUUCACGUCUGCUCCAUACUACCAUCCACUCUUCCAUCAAUAGCUCAACCUCUCCUACAACUAAUGUUCUACAAUACAAGGUCAGAUGACGUUUUCCUUUCCUUAUCAAUUAUCAGUGAUGACAUAUCAAUGGUACUGGAUGCCAGAGAUAUCGACAAGUUUCCGGAAGAUUCCGUGUACAGCAGUGAAGCAUAUUGGAAAGUCAUCACAAUUGGAGACGGACCACUUGGAUUUGACGAGUGUGGCAUAGUAGCUCAGGUCGCUGCUCCACUAGCUCAAGCUGACAUAUCCACCUACUACAUAUGUACUUUUUACAAUGACCACACCUUGGUACCAGAAGGAAGCGUAACUAAAGCGCUGCAACUGCUCAAUAAAUAUUUAAUGUCUUCCAAAGUGGACAAUUCUUCUUCUCCUGUCUCUGUGGGUAGUUUAAAUGGACUCACUCAUCCUCCUUCUCAAUUUAGAACUGAGCCAUUGCCACGGCUACCGUUAACUAACCCUGUUGCAUGAUAAAUUAAAUUUUAUUUAUUAUUAUUACAUGUUGACUGUUCUUGUAUUAUUAUUAUUUAUUGUUGUUGUUGUUUCUUGAUUGUGUUACUGUGUAACACACAGUCUCCAUGACUUACAUGAUCUUAUUAUUUAUUAUUAUUAUUUAUUAUUAAUAUUAUUGGUGUUACCGUGUUAUUAUCAAGUGCAAGGAUGUUA